ACCAUUUUCCUCGCAGAAGAUUUGAAAAAGGUUAGAGACAAAAUAAAAACCCAAAUAAUUUCAAAAUAGUUUUUUAGAUAAUAUUUUGAUCGGAUGGGGUUCUUACACAAGCUGUGGGAUGACACGGUGGCCGGACCAGCUCCGGAAAAUGGUCUGGGAGAAUUGAGAAAGCAUGUUUCAUUAGCCACUGUCCAAUCUCCUCCUCUCUCCACCGAUCAAGUCACAAGAAGCAUAGUCGUUACCAAGGGGAAUAACAAUGUUCGUGGGCUCCGGAAUUUGAAGAUGGGUCCGGGUCGUGCUCCGGAUUCUCCGACCGGGUCAAGUAGCACCCCGGGAACGCCUCUAACCCCUGGAACACCGUGUGAUCACUUUGGACCAUUCAGCGCAGAUAAAAUCCCAUCCGCCGGUGAAGUUGAUGCCUCAAGUCUCACUACUUAUGAAUGGAUUGUGAUAAACGCAUUGGACCGUUGAAAACGACGAGAAAGAGAGAAAGCUCUACGGGUUUUUGUUUAUAAAUAUUAAUCACCUAAGCAUGUAAUUAUGUUAAUAUUUACAGAUAUGGUAACUGUUAAAUAAUGUCUCCUUUUAAAAAUGAUUUAGUAUUAUAUAACAAAACAUAAAAUUAUUACAUAAAAGUCAAAAGACAACAUACUUGGACCAAGUUUACCAUUACAAAACCACAAUACAAGACACUACUACUCCCUCUCAGACAAACAUGUCUAGAACCCAAACCAAACUCCAUUUUAUUUCAACGUUAUUUUAUUGCUUGCUUGCAAGCCAAGUAAGACUCAGGGUACGAACCAGCAAGCAUGCAUAUAAAAUCAGCGACUUCAAAUGAGAGAGAGACACAUACAUAAGACUCUGAACAAGGUCUAGAAAA